AUGGCAGUAUUCGGUGUCGCACACAAUUGCGAGAGCGAUGAGAAUGUUGUUUUCGGACAGCGCAAAGAGGCUUUUGUUGUCCUAGGAGCAUUCCAAAAAACAAACAUUUGCGAGGGCUCAUUUAUACGUGCAGAGGCUGUGACGGUGACAAGUAACCCUUCGUCUGUACAUAACGAGGAGAUGAUAGGAGCUAAGGAACCGAUUGAAGAGUAA